UAGCCGUUUGAAAAAAUUCCAUGAACUUUAGGGUUCAUGGAGCUCAUUGGCAAGCGCGAAGGAGACCCUGCGAUCGCGGCUUUCUUGGGCAAUUUGGGGGCGAGCGAUGGAGGAAUUCCACUGCCCAGCCGGCGCGCAUUCCCAGCUCUCAAAUCGCGGCCGGCGUGUGAGUAUCACAACUACGAAGGUCUGGGCGUGUCGCUGUGCUUCGAGGAGUCAGCCCUAGAGGCCGUCCAUGUGUACAAUGGGACGCACGGCUACUCCCAAUUCAUGGGCGAUCUUCCUCACGGGCUCAGGAUUGGAAUGACGGGCCGAGAGAUUGUGGAGCUGCUAGGCGAGCCCGACGGCAAGGCCGGAGGAGGACGAGGUGGCGGCCCCAUCUCCAUAGCUUACAAGGAAAGAGGUUUGCACAUCAAUUUCCUGGGAUCCAGCUGGGAGAACAGCGAUAGCGCGAUCGACUCGGUGACCAUCCACGCGCCUCAACCUCAAACCAUGGCCAUCGAGGAUCACUGAGGGAGGUUUUUCGUUUUGUUUCUAUCGGGUCUUAAAAUCUUUGAUAUGGUCUGAUUGGCAAGGAAAACCAUUCCGAUUCACAUCGAUUUGGAUAGUCA